CGUAAAACACUUUUUUGUUUGUCUGUCUUUGGUGAGAAAGGAAUAGCCAAAGAGAAAUGCUAUCUGAGAUUCUAGGUUUUUAAUUUAGGUUUCAUGAUUAAGUACUUACCUCACAUUCUUUUCUCCAAAUUGCGCCCCAAAUUGUUGUUGAAUUUUCAAGCUCUACCCUCUUCCUUGCCUCCACUUUCCUCCUCUUCCCCCUUCGCCUCUCUUGGUAGGGCGAAGAAGAUGAAAGCAUAACACAAUGUCGGAAUGAAAUUUGGGGAAUUGAGAAAGAAGUGAGGGAGAAAACACAGACACAAUGUCGGAGUUCCCCAUGAACUCGAGCCUGGAAAUGGUGCAAAAUAAAGAGAAAAAGAAACGUCACAUGGUGCAUCUCAAUGUCUAUGAUCUUACACCUGCCAACAAUUAUCUUUACCUCUUUGGAGUUGGAAUUUUUCAUUCGGGCAUAGAAGUGCAUGGUAUGGAAUAUGGAUUUGGAGCACAUGAGUAUCCAACAAGUGGUAUAUUCGAGGUUGAACCUAGGAAUUGUCCUGGUUUCAUCUUCAGACGUUCAAUAUUGUUAGGUAGCACCAACAUGUCUUAUCAAGAAUUUCACUCUUUCAUAGAAUGUCUUUCUACAAAAUAUCAUGGAGACACUUACCAUUUGAUUGCUAAGAAUUGCAACCAUUUCACGGAUGAAGUUUGCCAACAACUAACCGGAAAGCCUAUUCCGGCAUGGAUAAAUCGAUUGGCUCGUGUCGGUUCAUUUUGUAAUUGUCUUCUGCCUGAAAGCCUUCAGGUUGCUGCUGUUAGACAUCUCCCUGAACAUCUUGAUAUUUCUGAUGAAGGAUCAGAAUAUGAUGAUCUUAGUGAGUCAGAUGAGAGUGAAGAAGAGGUUUCGAAUCGCCAUCUGAUAACUAGUCCGGAUAGUAGAGAUGUCACCAUUAUAUCGGAAAAACCAAUUACUCUUGCACGAGACCUCCUGUGAUUUUCUUUUAUUACUUACUAAUCUUAUUCUUCUUUUCUUUUACUAUAUUUGUGAAUUAGCUUUCAAGGUGUAACAAGCUUUAUCAAAUGAAAUAUUCACUUACCAACCCUGUUUAUACUAUAAAAAUGAUAGUUUUCUUUGUAUGAUUAUGUAUGUAUCUAAAUGAUAUCAUUCUCUUGUAGAUGUAAUAUUAAUUAAGAUACAUUUUUUUUAUUAUUAUU